UCGGGCCGGCCCGACGUCUACACCGAAAACGAAACCGACCGGGUUAUUUCUACCUACAUAGUUUCAACACCCAGACUGGUGACUUCGUUGAAGAGUACUUUUUAGAAGUUUUUUUAAAGUGUCCUUAAAGUGUUUUUAGUGUUUUCAAAAUGAUUACCGACUAUGACGUCGCUAUGUCAGCCAUGGCUGUGGUGAUACUCGCUUUAAAUCAGGGCCCAAAAAGACGUCAAAGAAGAUUUUGGAUUCGCCCGAGCCUUAGGAGAGGACGGCAGCUGUACAGGGCUAGCGAAUUAAUGAAAGAUUUAAUGUUGGAUGAAGAAGACCCGUUGAAUUUGGAAUACCGAAAUGACGUUGGUUUCACCAACUUUUUCCGAAUGCAGCGAUCGGACUUUCAAAUGCUACUCAACAAGGUUGGACCCAAAAUAUCAAAAAAGAAUACCUCUUAUAGAGAUGCUAUUCCAGCAAGCGAACGAUUAGCUGUCACUCUGCGCUUCAUUGCGACUGGUGAUUCGUACCACUCACUAAUGUAUGUUUUGAAGAUCUCCAAACAAUGUAUCUCUAAAAUCGUACCUGAAGUUUGUGACGCCAUUGUAGAGGCCCUUCAAGACUACAUUAAGGUAAGGAAAAUUGAACAAAAUUAAUUUAAAACAGUACUUUUAUUGACAUAAUUAAAAAUAAUUGAGUACAAAAGUUAAAAACUAUUGAGGGAAGGGGUCCAUAUUGGACAGUUCUGAAUUAGU